AUGAUCUUCUCAGCCUUGUUCAAUCUUGCCUCUGUCGCGAGUGUCGCUUUCGCCGCGGCUGACUGUACGGGCAUCAAUGCUGUUGCUCCCCAAUGUGUUUCGCAAGAAGCAUUGCAUUAUCGUGAUUUCUUCUAUAUCGGAGGACGUUACGUGGCUGGAGCUGCUGGCAAUCUCACUUAUGAUCAGCUCUAUGUGGAGAAAUUGACUCCUGCGGCCGGUGUAAACCAGAGCAAACCCGUCGUGCUAUCUCACGGAGGUGGCACCUCUGGAGUGGUGAGUCAUAACCGCAAGGGCUUCGCAUCCCACUUCUUAGACUAUGGUUAUCAAGUCUAUAUUAUCGAUCAGACCAGCGUCGGGAGAGGUAGCGCGGAAGACCUCGACGAUUACGUUAUGCGCAUUGGCUCCACUGCUGAGAUCACCGAAAAGGGAUUCACUGCUCCUGAACUCACCAACGCCUACCCGCAAUCUCAGCAGCACACUCAAUGGCCUGGCUCAGGAGUGAAGGGUGAUUCUGUCUUCGACGCGUUCGAAUCGACGUUUAUUCCCUUAACCAGCAACUUGACUAUCCAGGAGCUCUCUAUGAGAUCCUCAGGUUGCCAAUUACUUUCUCUCAUCGGUCCCUCUUUCUUGAUCUCUCACUCGAUCGGAGCUUUGCACCCUCUGCUUCUGUCCAACGACUGUCCUGCCUUGGUCGCUGGAAACAUCAAUCUGGAGCCUGGAAACAUCCCCUUUCAAUCGUAUGUUGGAAAUACCACCUCCUCUGUCGGCCGUACGUCCGCUCGUCCGUGGGGCAUGACCAAUACCCAUGUCACAUAUGAGCCUGCCAUCAGUGACUCUUCCGAGCUUACUUACGAGCUCGUUGGAGACGAUACACCUGCCAAGCGCAGCUGUUACAUGCAGACUGGCACAAUCCACAAGCUUACUGAGAUUGCCAAGGUCAAGUACGUCGCUCUGACAGGCAGUGCUAGUCCUCACAUCACAUACGAGCACUGUGUCAUCGAUUUCCUGGAACAAGCUGGUGUUGCCACCGAAUGGAUCAAGCUUGCUGACAAGGGCAUCGUUGGUAACGGUCACUUUGGCUAUCUCGAGAAGAACAGCCCUCAGAUUGCUGGUGUCGUCCACGAAUGGAUCCAGUCCAACUGUUGA